AUGUCUAGAUACAAUACGCUGAAGACAGACCACGGAGGUUGCACUUCAGAAGUGGCUGUUGAUUAUGUGCUUGAUAUUAUCGCCGAGGUAUCUUUUUGUAUUUUUCUGCCGGGGAUGGGCCAGAUUGGGAAGGGCGGUACGAGGGUGAGACUUGGUGUUGGUGUUUUGGAACAUCAAAGAUGGACAGGGUUUUCGCGGAGGUCGCUCCUCAGAUAUCUCCACAACUACAGAUCGGGAAUCUUCCAAAAUCGAGAAGAUUGGUGCAUAUGGCUAGGUCUCUUCACCUUACAAUUUGUAUGGCAAUUUGGCCCGGGGUUGUGGUGUGGUAGGGGAGAAUGGGGGAUAAUCCCACGCAGGAGUUCCGAACGAUGUCUGGUUCACGUUUGGCUGGAUAACUCCACCACCACACGGGGUAUGCGGUCGGCGAUGGGGUCAAAAUGCUCGUAUGAUCGAGGGCUUUUCGAUGGAUCUAUCGGCGGGUUCUUAUUCGAAAAAUCGAGCGAGUUCGUGGUGGAGCGGUUGCUUGAUAUCUGA